UCCGUUCCGAACACAAUCCGUUCCGAACACGCACAGCUCCUAACACAAUCCGUUCCGAACACAAUCUUUUCCUAACACAAUUCGUUCCUAACACAAUUCGUUCCUAACACAAUCCGUUCCGAACACACACAGCUCCGAACACAAUUCGUUCCUAACACAAUCCGUUCCGAACACAAUCCGUUCCGAACACACACAGCUCCGAACACAAUCCGUUCCGAACACAAUCCGUUCCGAACACGCACAGCUCCUAACACGGCUUGUCCGGAACGCAGUCAACUUCAAACAAAAUUCGUUCCGAACGCAAUUACGGUCGUGCCAGUUCGGAACAACAUAACCCGUUCCAGAACACAGUUCGGUUGGGAACAACACAACACGUGUUGUUGUUGUAGUUGUGUCGGUGUUGUUGUUGUUGUGUGUGUGUGUGGCGUUGCGCAUAAGGCGGCAGCAGCAGUAGCAGCGAGCGGCGAUCGCUGCCGCCCUCGUCUCGUGCGCAGAAACGCCGCCACCACCACCACCCUCGCUCGCUCCUGCGAAUACGGCGAACAAUAAACAUCGGCGAACACACACACACACGCGCGCCGACAGACAACAACAACAGACACUAACUACAACAACAACAACAGAUAACGACGACGACGACCACCACCACCAACAAACAGCGAGGGUGGUAAGAGAGAGAGAAGAGGCCGCGGGGUGUCGAGGCUGCGAGGCGGCAGCGGCUGUUCAGGAAACAGCGGCGAGAGCCUGCCCUAGGCCGCACGGAUGAUGAAGAAAAGAGUCGUGAAGACUCCGAGCAGCCCGAGUGAGACCGUGGAGAAAGGCACUCAGACUGCGCAGUGUGACCAUGUCUGCUGCCUGGGCCACAGCACGGAGCUUGGAGACCCGCCGCUCCUGCAGAGACAAGUUUCCACCUCCAAGGCUGGCAUCCAGCAGAUCAUCGAAUGCUUCCGCUCCGGCACCCGGGAGCUGAGGAAUCUCCUGCUGCGGGAGGUGGACACGAUCUUCGAGUGCCGUCUGUGCCGGGGCCUCUUCCGGGGGCUGCCGAACCUGGUGACGCACCGUGAGCACUACUGCCGCACCGCGCUGCCCGGCAGCCAAGACGAGCUGGGCCAUGGCGACGAGCCAGGCCACACGCGCGUCACUCGGGACCUGCUGGACGCGAUGGCGCCGCGAGAUGACGUCGGCGAGGGCGGCGACGGCGACGCCCGCGGGGCGCCAGGCUACGUGCUGCGUCUGCAGGCCAUCGGCGGCAACCCCCACGCCGUCUUCCAGCACGUGAGCAGCGCCGGCGCCUCGGCACGCCGGGGCCCUUCGCAGGACGGGCAGCCCGUGCCGCGGCCGCCCGCCGCCGCCCUGGCCGGCGGGAGAGAUUCCGGCGCGGUGGGUGAACCGGGGCGGUCCGUGGCAAGAUGUUGUCUCCCUCGCCUGCGACCCAGCCGAGCGGCGGCGGCGGCAGGGAGCGACCCGCGUAAGAACCGCAAACUCUCCCGCUGCACGUUCUGCAAGGGCACGUUCACCUCCAAGAUCGGCCUGCGCCUGCACACGGCCCGGGUUCACCUCGGGCUGCUGCGCGCCGGGCGUCCGGACGCCGACUCGGCCGGCGUCGGCGCGGCGCCCGCGUCCCCGUCGUCGCCCGCCGCCGAGGGCCACCGCGAUCAUCCGCCCUCCCGCGACCGGACGUUCGGCUCCGGCGCCGAGCUCCUGGAGCGCCUCCUGGAGGGCGACCGCGGCGAGCGCGGAGACGGGCCCGGCGACGGCACCGCGUCGCCCGUGUCCGGCUCGCGGCCGCGGGGAGCCGCCGCCGGUGGCCACGGCCGCCCCGGCGCGGAGGAGGCCUUCGCGUCGGGGCUCUACUCCUCGCUUGGUGCGCCGCCGUCGCCCGACCCGCCGCCCGGCGGGGCCCCGGGGUCGUCCCGGCGGCUCUCCGCGCCGAGGGCCGACGCCGGGUUCGUCGACUCGGCCGGCGGCCGGGAAGGGACGGCCCUCGACGACGACGGCGGAGACGGCGGCGACGGCGGCGACGGCGACGGCGGAGGAGGGAGGGGGAACUCGGCGGUGGCCGAGCCGGGGGAGGUUGGGUCGUCGGCGACAUCGGUGCUGGCGGCGACGCCGCAAGGCGACGGGCCGGCCGGCGGCGACGCGGGGCGGGCGCAGGGCGGGAGCCGGCGUGCGCCCAAGGCUCACAAGAACAAGUUCUGUCCCCUGUGCUGCAAGGCGUUCUUUGACCACCGCGGAGUCAAGAAGCACCUGAAGAAGGUCCACAAGGUGAGGAGGAGUAAAGCGGCGGCGGCGGCGGCGGCUGCGGCGGGAGACACCGAGCGGAAACGCGAGCCUCCCGGCAAAGCGCCGGGCGAGCCGGAAGCGCGUGCCGCCGAUCCCGGUCUCGACAAAUCUCCUGGCAGAGCCGUGGGCAGGGUAAGGAAACUCCGCGGGGUCGGCGAAGCGAGUGAGCGCACCGAAGGCGGCGGCGGCGGCGGCGGCGGUGGGGAGGGUCGGCGCUCCAACAACGUUUGCCCCGUGUGCGACAAAUCCUUCUCGAGGUCUAGCCACAUCACGCGGCACAUGGAUACCAUGCACCCGGCCACGCAGCAACCCGGCACCACCGCCGCUGCCGGCGCCACUGCCGCCGGCCCUGGUGCCGGCAACGCCGUUGUCGGGGUGAAGGAGGCGCCGCUCAAAAAGAGCCGGUGCGGUAAAAAUGCUCCGGCCGCGACGACGGCCAAGAAGGCGACUCGUAAACCGCCGCCGCCGCCGCCGCCGCCGCCGCCGCCCGCCGACGCCCGGGGAAGCGACACUCGCACGCGGAGGGACGCCGGGCAACUUGGCGGCGUGGGUCGCGUGGGCGGGCGGAAACGGGCCGCCGAGUCGCCCUCGCCAGCUGCGCCCAAGGCGCCCAAGUUGCUGCCCAAGCCGCCGGCGAAGCCCCCCAAGCCGGCGGCGUCGUCGUCGGUCGCCGCCCCCGACGCCGCCGCCGCGCGCUUCCGGGCGCCGGCGGCGCUGUGGCGCCACGCCAGGACGCACUUCUCCCGCGACCGCCGCUUCGUGCGCCUCUUCCGGUGCCCGCGCUGCGACUUCGAGUCGUGCGCCCGCGACGCCGUCGGGGUGCACCUCGUGGCCACGCACCGGCCCAAGACCAAGGACCGGGCCGCCCUGCUGCUGCGCGUGCACAAGGAGCAGAUGCUGAGGCCCGCGAAGGCCGCCCUGCAGUCCAUCCUGCGGCGGCAGCAGCAGCUGCAGCAGCGCGACGCGCGGUGCACCGGCCGCGCCCCCCUACCGUGCGUGCACGUGGGGCCGGUCGUCUGGGCCGCCAAAGACUGCACGAUAAACGCGCAGAGGAUGUGCUCCUCCGGGGUCGAUGGCGCGGGGUACGAGAGGAGGACGUGCAAUCGGGAGACGGUGGACGGCGGUGGUGGCAGCGGCGCGGUGCGGUGUGCGGAGCCGUCGCCUGGGGGUAACGGCCACUCGGGGGGCGGUCGCCCCGGGCCCCGCACUGUGGGGGGCUUCCCCCCCUCCCGCGCCUCGACGUCGCGCUGCCAGAUGUGA